CCUAAACUGAGCUCAAAGUUUUGGUGUAAUUGUUUCUAAACAUUUUCGUACAAUGUAUGCAGUUCCUCUAAUUAUUUUUCUCACAACCACUUUGUUUGUUUGUGCCAAUAAAUAUGAAAAUAUACCGGAACAUGCUUUAAGACUCGAACAACGAGUUAUAAAAGAUGGAUACCCAAUAGAAAUCCAUCAAAUAAUCACCGAAGAUGGAUAUAUUAUUGCCGCUUAUAGAAUACCCCACGGUUUGAAAAAUGAACAGCCCGAAAACAAGAACAAAAGCAUAGUUUUGAUAGUCCAUGGAAUGGCUGGUUCGCCUCAUAAUUUUAUAAUAUUAGGCAAAGAAAGGGCAGCUCCUUAUUAUUUUGCUGAUAGAGGUUUGGAUGUGUGGCUAUUUUCAUCUAGAGCUAUUGAUACUCCUUUUAAAAAGCACAUACAACUAGAUUGGGAUAAGGAUCCCGAGUUUUGGUCGCAUAGUUUUCACGAGUUGGGCAUAUACGAUAUGGCAGCCACAAUCGAUUUUAUUUUGAAUUGCACUGGACAAGAAAAAGUUACGCUGAUUGGACAUUCUGCAGGAGGUACUGAGUAUUAUGCUUUGCUGUCCGAAAAACCUGAGUACAAUCAAAAAAUUAAGCUAGCCAUUGGGUGGGGUAGUGCUGCUAUAUUAGGACGCUUGGAUUAUCCAUUUUUGAUUUUUGCUACGCAAUUUCAUGCUAUUUGGAAAGCUAUAUUCAGAUACAUUGGAAGGGCCGAAUUUCUUCCUGGGCUUGCUACAUCAAACGUCAAAUCUACUUUGAUUGAUAUAUGUUUGGUAAAAGAUCCAUUUUGGUUUAAGUUUAUCAAGUAUACCUUUGCCAUUGUCGGUAGUCACAAUUCUGUGAUGACCCGUGACGAGUACUAUCCUCUAAUCAUGAGCAACAUACCGAGACUGUCCACUAGGCAACUUCUUCAUUUUUUGGAUAAUGGGGUAAAUGGUACUUUCAGAAAAUACGAUUUCGGUCCAAAAGGUAACCUCAAACGGUACGGCCGAUUAGAUCCUCCUCAUUAUAAUCUAUCAGCUGUGACAGUUCCUAUUGCUCAUUUUUCCAGUGAACAAGACGGACUUGUAACUUUGGAUGACAUCUACGAAUCUAUUCCGAAACUACCCAAUCCGAUUUUCCUAUACAAAAUACCAUUUCAAAAGUUUUCUCAUACGGAUUAUAUUUUUGGUUACUAUGCUACUGAAUUGGUUUACAGACCCACGUAUCAGAUGAUUAAGAAAAUUGAUGAUGGUAUUAUUCCUCCUCGAGUUAAAGUUCCAUCUGAUUAUAAUAAUAAAGAGUUUUAGAUUUAA